AUGGCGCCCAUCCGCGAGACUAUUCGCAACACGGCGAACCGCGUAGUGGAUGUCUUCAAACAGAAGGCACAGCUUCAGUACCAAGACAUUUGCUUGAAUCUCGAGACUAAUGCUCGCGUUCUCAAGCAAUCCAUUGAGAACACCGCCCCUUGUACGGUUCUGACAGGUCUGGGCAAAUUCCGUGAUAGCUUCAACCAUACGGUACUCCCGUCGUCGGGCAAGGUUCGUGACCCGGUUGUCAUCACUGGGUGCAUGCCGACUGGCUUCCAACAGAAGCAGCAGACCUACCGCAACAUGACCACAGGCCGCGUCGAAAAGCCCAAGCGUCAUGUCUCUCCCGCAGAACGAGAUUUUCGGUGGUAUGACAUGAAGAUGAAGAGGGAAGCUGCGGAGAUGGCGCACCGAAAAGAGAUCCUACUUCAGGAGGAGCAGCGAAAGAUGAUGGAAGAGAAGAAGCGACGGCAACAGUUUCGCGCUUCGUCCGAUCUAUGGACCAGAGAGCGCCGGAUGGCUAUCAAGGACUCCCGUCCCCAGUAUACGACGCCUCCACCACCGCCGUAUGUACCUGAAAAGUCCCCCUACAGCGAUGAGUUCUACGCCAACCAGACACCUGAGGAGCGUAAGAAAUUUAUCCACGAGAGACUGACCAACAUCCUUGGCGAGGAGAGGAUGAACGCCCCGAUUCUUCCUUCAGGUCACAACCCCAUCGAUCCUGUGAUCGCUGAUCACAACCAGCGUGUGGCCACGGCUAGCAUUAUCGACUCGUUCGAGGCUCAACGCGCUGAGCUCCAACGCCACGCUGAUGAGCAGAGGUGUAUGGCUCGUGAAAAAGAAGAGGCUUACGCUAGGACAGAGGUUCUCUUCAACCACUACAGAAACAUCUACUGGGGGCGCAUCAACAAACUUGCCAUGUAUACUGGCGAGAUGGCCGACGGUAUCCAGCUGCUGGAUAAUGCGCUCGCAAAUGAUGACGUCUGGGUGGUAGCCAACACCGUUCAAGUCUUGACCCACCAGAUCUUUGAACCCAUCCACAGCCUGCUUCUGGAAUGCGACAAUGAGAUUCCACUGGAUGUGGUAGGCGCCCAGAUGCUCAAGAAUGCUUGGUCUAUAGCGCUUCUUAACGAGCUCUACGAGUACCUGGUGAGCAAGGCCGAGGGCCUAGAGCCUCAGGUUGUCUACAUGGCUCAGCUUAUUGAGGCCAUCGCCCAUCGCAUCAACAACCCGAAGCCGCUUGUGAACCCUCUUGAGCAGAGGGAGCAACCGACCAACGACUUCCGCCAGGACUAUGGUUCUACAGACGUCAACCCGAUGGUGGCCUCUAUAUCUGCUCCUGACCGUGGCGCGUCGAUCCCUAGUACAGUGCCUGCUCCUGAGGGUAGGUUUUCGAUCCGUGGCAGAGCUUCCACUUCCGGCGUUGAGCCUGAUGCCUACAUUCCCGGCGCUGCCUUUUCCGCACCUCCAGACGCCAGCAUAUCCAAGCUCAUUGCUGGAACUGAAGCAAAGGCCGCUGGUACCGCUUCCAACAUCCCCUCCAUAACCGUUGAGCCAGACGAGAGCAUCGCCCGCACAAACGUCCUCCAAUACAUCGCCACCGACAACAUGGCCCUUGAAACAGAGAUUCAGGACAUGUUCCGCAACAACGAGGUCAAGAGCACCCAUCAUCGUGCAGUCAAGGAGUGUAUCGAUGGCCUGGUGGAUGCUGCGAACGGUGAAGAGAGCAUUCUCGGCACUACGGAUGCCGGAUACUACCGCUCCCAGAUCGAGACUUGUGUCACAAAGAUUGACGCUCUUCCCCUGAAGAUUCGCCAGAACAAGGAUACUCAGGCUCUGAAGAAGCUCUGUGGCCGCGCGCUGAGGAUCUGGGCUGUUCAUGAGUAG